AUGUUUCUCAGAGGAAUUUCAUCAAACACCUUGAAGAAGCACAAAUCAAUACUGAACCAUCAUCACUCUUCAUUCUUCUUCUCCACCGCCCAAAGUCUCCCAAACAAGAAUCACGACGAGUCCCGCGUACUGAGCCAACUCGCCGAUCUCCUCCCCAUAUCAAUCCACACCCCCAAUCCUCCAAACACCCAAUCGGAUACCAAAGCCGCCGACGAUUUUCUCUCGCCGGAAGACAAGCUACGCGGUGUUUUCCUGCAGAGACUAUGCGGCAAAUCCGCCGUUCAUCGCGCGUUGGACGGCGCUGCCGUCGAAUUAAACCGCCGGAUAUUUGCUCAGGUGCUCGACAGAGGGAGCUUGUGCGGAGAAUCAAUGGUCGCCUUCUUUAAUUGGGCGGUCGACCGGCCGGACGUGCCGAGGGACAUCGAUGCUUACCAUACUCUGCUCAAAGCAUUGGGUCGGAGAAAAUUUUUCUCGCAAAUGGUGGGCGUGUUGAAUGAUUUGAGGGACAAGGGGCUGAGCCCUAAUCCUGAAACCCUCUCCAUUUUCAUGGAUAGCUAUCUCCGUGCCCGUCAGGUUUCGAAAGCCGCGAAAUUUUUCGCAGAAUCGGAGACUUACGGAUUGGAACAAAACCAGGCGACUCUGAAUGUUGCAUUGAGAUGCUUCACCCGACGCCUGCACAUCGGCGUUGCAUGUAAGGUGCUCGACAAAAUGCGAGGCAGAGUACAAUUCAGCUGCGAAACCUAUAACACCAUCAUAGGCGGGUGGUCCAAGUCCGGUAGGUUUUCCGAAGUCGAGAAGUUCUUGAAGGCAAUGGUGGAAGAUGGUAUCGAGCCCGAUUGCAUUACUUACAGUUACAUUAUCGAGAGCUUUGGGAGAGCUGGUAGGGUCCGUGAUGCCGUUCGGAUAUUCAAUUUCUUGGUUGAAAAAGGGAAUUCGUUGAGCGUGGAGGUUUACAAUGCCAUGAUCUUUAACUUUAUCUGUAAUGAGGAUGUUGAAGAGGCCUUGAAGCACUUCGAACGCAUGUUGAGCGAAGGGUUCGAGCCGAAUAUAGACACUUAUGUUAGAAUCAUAACGUGUUUUCUCAAAAGGAGACGAGUCGCGGAUGCUAUUGAGAUGUUUGAUCAAAUGCUCGGCCGGGGGAUAAUUCCACCGACGGGGACCGUGACUCGAUUUAUCGAGCCUUUGUGUAGCUAUGGCCCACCUCAUGCUGCAUUGGUGAUAUAUAAGAGUGCGCGAAAAGCGGGGUGCGAAAUAUCGGCCACGGCCUAUAAGCUUUUGUUGGCUAGAUUGGCUAGGUUUGGCAAGUGUGGAAUGGUUUUGAGUUUGUGGGGUGAAAUGCAAGAGAGUGGUUAUUCUCCGGAUGUGAAGGUUUACGAGUGUGUGGUAAAUGGAAUGUGCAAUGUGGGGAGGCUUGAAAGUGCGACUCGUGUUAUGGAGGAAUGUAUCGGUAGGGGAUUUUUCCCGGGAAAGGUUAUUUGUAGCAAGUUGAAGAAUAAGUUGAUGGAGUCGGGUAAAGUGGAGAUGGCGUAUAAGCUUUUCCUCAAGUUGAGGAAGGCCCGUGUUAAUGAGAAUGCGCAGAGAUAUUGGAGGGCCAAAGGAUGGCAUUACUAG